GGCCCUAUUCCUAGACACGGCAGUCUAAUGCCAGAAAGAACCAGAAAUCUGAGCGCGCUGAGGCUGUCAUAGCAGGGGCGGUACGCAGUGCAGUCCUCCUGCUGUGAGGACAGAUGUGCCCAAGCAUAGGGGUGCUCCAACCUGAGCUUGGGUGAAGCUUCUGGAGAGGGCAAGCCGGCAUCAGCGAGAUGCAGGCGGAGGAGCCGCGCGCCCCGAGUGCGCCCCGAAGCCCCGACAUCCCGCAGAGAAGUCAACGCUCGCGGAACCCCGAGCUGCGCCUGUCGGGCCAGCUGCUGCCCGAGCUCUACGGCUUCGUGGCGCGCGUGCUCUUCUACCUGGCGCCCGUCUACCUGGCAGGCUACUUGGGGCUCAGCGUCACCUGGCUGGUGCUUGGCGCCCUGCUCUGGAUGUGGUGGCGCCGGAACCGCCGCGGGAAGCUGGGGCGCCUGGAGGCCGCCUUCGAAUUCCUAGAGCACGAGCGCGAGUUCAUCAGCCGCGAGCUGCGGGGCCAGCAUCUGCCGGCCUGGAUACAUUUCCCAGAUGUGGAGCGUGUGGAGUGGGCCAAUAAGAUCAUCACGCAGAUCUGGCCCUACCUAAGCAUGAUCAUGGAGAACAAGGUGCGGGAGAAGCUGGAGCCCAAGAUCCGGGAGAAGAGUGCCCACCUCAGGACCUUCACCUUCACGAAGCUCUACUUCGGACAGAAGUGCCCCAAGGUGAACGGUGUCAAGGCACACACUGACAAAGGCAACCGAAGGAAAGUGACCCUGGACCUGCAGAUCUGCUACAUUGGGGACUGUGAGAUCAGCGUGGAGCUUCAGAAGAUCCGGGCAGGUGUGAAUGGCAUCCAGUUGCAGGGUACCCUUCGUAUCAUCCUGGAGCCCCUGCUGGUGGACAAGCCCUUUGUGGGAGCUGUGACCAUAUUUUUCCUUCAAAAGCCGCACCUUCAGAUCAACUGGACAGGCCUGACCAACCUGCUGGACAUGCCAGGUAUCAAUGAUGUGUCAGACAGCCUGCUGGAAGACCUCAUCGCCGCCCACCUGGUGCUGCCCAACCGUGUGACUGUGCCUGUGAAGAAGGGGCUGGAUAUAACCACCCUGCGCUUCCCUCUGCCCUGCGGGGUGAUCAGAGUCCAUUUGCUGGAGGCUGAGAAGCUGGCCCAGAAGGACAACUUCCUAGGGCUUGGAGGCAAGUCAGAUCCGUAUGCCAAAGUGAGCAUUGGCCUGCAGCACUGCCGGAGCAAGACCGUCUACAAGAACCUGAACCCCACCUGGAAUGAAGUGUUUGAGUUCAUGGUAUAUGAAGUGCCUGGGCAGGACCUGGAGGUGGACCUGUAUGACGAGGAUACAGACAAGGAUGACUUCCUGGGCAGCCUGCAGAUCUGCCUUGGAGAUGUCAUGACCAACAGAGUGGUAGAUGAGUGGUUUGUCCUGAAUGACACCACCAGUGGGAGGCUGCACCUGCGGGUGGAGUGGCUGUCCCUGCUCACUGACCAGGGAGCGCUGAUGGAGGACCAUGAUGGCCACUCCUCCGCCAUCCUUGUGGUCUUCUUAGAAAAUGCCUGCAACCUGCCGAGAAACCCUUUUGACUACCUGAAUGGUGAAUACCGAGCCAAAAAACUCUCCAGGUUUGCCAAAAAUAAAGCCAGCAGAGACCCUUCUUCGUAUGUCAAGCUAUCUGUAGGCAAGAAGACCUUUACUAGUAAGACCUGCCCCCACAGCAAGGACCCGGUGUGGAGCCAGGUUUUCUCCUUCUUCGUGCACAGUGUGGAAGCCGAGCAGCUCUGCCUGAAGGUGCUGGAUGAUGACCUGGAGUGUGCUCUGGGAGUGCUGGAAUUUCCCCUGUGCCAGAUCCUCCCCUGUGCCGACCUCACCCUUGAACAGCGCUUCCAGCUGGAUCACUCGGGCCUGGACAGCCUCAUCUCCAUGAGGCUGGUGCUUCGGUUCUUACGUGUGGAGGAACGAGAACUGGGAAGCCCAUAUACUGGGCCCGAUGCUGUAAAGAAAGGCCCUCUGUUCAUCAAGAAGGUGGCCACCAACCAGGGACACAAAACCCCAUCCCAGGGAGAAGACCCUGCAGAUGUGACAAGUGCCUCGGAUCUUGCCUCUGACAUCAAGGAAGCCUCCAAGAGCACCGAUACCAGCAGUGCUAUGACCAAAGCCACUGAGCCUGAGCCCCAAGAGACAGGCCUGGAGCCCAAAGGCAAGGACAGUGCCAAAGGACUCUGUGAGUCCAUGGGGAAGAAGAGGAGCCCAGCUACCAUCUUCCUGACUGUCCCAGGCCCCCACUCCCCUGGGCCCAUCAAGUCACCCAGACCCAUGAGCCGCCCUGCCUUCCCAUUCGCAUGGCCACCCACAAGGCUGGCUCCCAGCAUGUCCUCACUCAACUCCCUGGCCUCUUCCUGCUUUGACCUGACAGAUGUCAGCCUCAACACUGUAGAUGGGGAUCCUAGGCAGCGACGGUUGGGUGAGAUUCAACUCACAGUGCGCUAUGUGUGCCUUCGACACUGUCUCAGAGUGCUAAUCAACGGGUGCAGAAACCUGACACCAUGUACCAGCAGUGGAGCUGAUCCCUAUGUUCGCAUCUACCUGUUACCGGAAAGGAGAUGGGCAAGUCGCAAGAAGACCUCAGUAAAGCGGAAGACCCUGGAGCCCCUAUUUGAUGAAACAUUUGAAUUUUUUGUUCCCAUGGAAGAAGCACAGAAGAGGUCACUGGAUGUUGCAGUGAAAAACAGCAGGCCUCUUGGCUCACACAGAAGAAAGGAAUUAGGAAAAGUACUGAUUGACUUAUCAAAAGAAGAUCUGAUUAAGGGCUUUUCACAGUGGUAUGAGCUGACUCCAGAUGGACAGCCCAGAAGCUGACGAAGAGCUGUUGUCACCAAAUGUUAGAAGGUGUAUGGGUGUAUUUUUAUUUAAAGAACAUUUAUUUGAUGGGAGUGUAUGCUGAAUGAACUCUAACUACAUGACUGGAUAGAAAAGGGGGUAUUGUGUGUAAAAGAACUAUUUCUUGUAAUUCCACUAGUUCAAAACCAGAAAUUGUUCACAUCUCAUUUAGGACUUGCUUGAAGGUAGUAUGCAAGAGAGAGUGCCCUGUCUCCAGCACCAGGUUGGGGUAGCUGUUCAUAGAGCACCUACCAGCAUUCCUGGGCAGUUCUGACCAAAGGAGAGCACUCUUUUGUGGAAAUAAAAAGUAACCAAACUCAAAACUUCCCAGAACUAACACUAUCAAAGCCCCUUUGCCUGUGAUGCUUGUGAGCCCAGACAUUUGCCUCUGGUUCUGACUUGGAACUACAGUGUAUUUCCUAGGGGCAACAAUGUUAGAGUGAUCUCCUUAAGUAUCCCAAGUUAAAUUUUCUGGGAAGGCCUAGGGACAAACCUCUGGCAUAUGGCAUUAUUUCCAUAGGAAAAUUUAAGCCUAGCCCCAAACCCAGGUCUACAUCUGAACUCUGGGUACUGGAGGCUGCAGAACGGUCACUUCCCAGGAAGAAAGGGAGCUUUCUGUAUUUCUCUUAGACAAUUUUGAGACUUAGUUCUGCUGUCCUAAUAGAUUGUUGGGUCACCCAAAUAUACAUGUUAAAAGGAAAAUAUGUAAAUUGUAUAUUUAAACGAGUGCCUUUUACACAUUUCAGUUUGUAAGACCAGAAUUUUUGUUCUUAUGUUUCUUGGGUGAUUGUCAAGGUUACACCUUCAUCUUUCAUCCACUCGGGCAACACUCCCUGCUGUGUUUCUGUUGUCUUCAAUGAUGCUGUUUUAUUUAUUAUUAUUCUGUGUAUGGUGUGAGCAGGAGGCACCCAUGUGUCAUGGCAUACAUGUGGCAGUUAAAGGACAACUCUGUGACAGAGUUGUUUGUCUCUAACACCUACAUAGGUUCUGGUCAGGGUUGCACAACAAAGCCCCUUUACCCACUGAGCUGUCUCACAGGCCCUUCUCCCAUGCUCUUCUACAAGAAUGGAAACACAGUUGGGGAUGGCAGCACACGUGUACUGGGAGGCAGAGGCAGGUGGAUCUCUGUGCAUUUAAUGACAGUCUGGUUCACAUAGUGAGUUCCAGGCUAGCUAAGGCUACAAAGUUGAGACUACAUUUCAAAAAUCAAACAAAACGAGAAAACCCAAUAAAUCCAACUGGGCAUGGUGGCUCACACCUGUAAUCCUAGCACUUGGGAGGCUGAGGCUGGCCUGCCUGGGUUAAAUAACAAGAUUCUGUCUCAAAAAAGAAAACGAUAGUGUUUGUGCACUAUAACUUGUAAGUUGUCAUUUAUUAUAGUGUGUAAUAGCCAUGGCUCUAACACUCCUAUCAAAUGUGAGACAGCCUGGUCUUUGAUUUCUCCUACUGUACUCCUGUGCAGAUGUGUCCAGCUGCUGUGUGUUCAGCAGCAUCCUGAGAACAGAAUAGUACAGCUACUGUAUCAUCUUUUCCAAUGGCCAAUCCAUACUGUGUAGCACUUUCCAUUUGAAUAAGUCUCAGUGUAAUUUACAAACUCUCUACUAGGUCACAUGCCAAGAAGCUACAAUAUAAGUUUUAGUUUAUAUCUCAAUUGAACCACAGACUACUUGAUGGAUAAUAAAGUUUUUGCAGAUAUUUC